AUGUUUGCCGAGCGCCCAAUCUGGACUAUGUCAGAGGUCGAGCAAAAGAUCGAUGGCCUCGUAGCCAAGCUCGUCCAUGCGGCUGACAGUGAAGUCACAACAGACUCAGCAAAUGCAUCGCAGCCAAUCCCUAGAGAAAUCGCAGCGGAGCGUUGGCGGAAUCGGGGAAUAGUCAACACGGCGCCGGGUAGCUGGAUGCCGACACCAUCCUACGAACCGAACGCCGUGCCGCCUGACCAAAGUACCGACGAUGCAUCAGAGAGUGCUGAAGUCGAUCGACAGUAUCUUGAGGAGAUCCGCACCAUACACAGAUUUGACGACCGUGAAGAUGUUCCUAACUCUCGUGAGGGCAUCUUUAGGGCUUCGAAACGACCCGAAGCUCCUAUCGAGCACGAGGUUGUCCAGCAAUUGCUCACAUCCGGCGAAGCAGACACACUACUGAAAGAGGUUGCAGCAGGUUUACAGAAGCCGAAUCUGCUCAAGCAUACUUCAACCAUGACCGAGUGGGCGCAAAGCUUGAAGCAAGAUCGCGAGUACGAAACCGAUGAGACCGUUAGCCUUUUGAUAUCUCUGCGACAGAUUGAUGACCAAGUACAAGAUGAGUUGUUCACGGCUGAUACUUCGCAAUUGCCAAUGUCUGAUGGGCGAGCGUUGAUGCAUGUUCGAUUCAUAGAUGUACAGCUCGAUACAUGGAAACGGGAGUGCAACGGUGUCCCCUCUCAACGGCUACUCGAGCUCUCCUUCUCAUACGCCAAGAUGCAACUGCACAGCGUAGCCCUUCGGCCGUCUCCUUCGGAGUUACCGGCAUCGGUACGUUCGUCACAGAUCAACAGCCUACUCUCCGCUCUUGAAGCCAGCAAGCGCUUUCUCGAUACUUUGCUUUCAUUUCCAGCCCACGAAUAUCACCUCAUAUCGUUCUCGGAAUGGAUGCGAUUACCACCAGUUGUCAUGACGGUCGCCAAGUUAUGCAUACCCAGUGAAGACCAUGCCGCCAUCGGGUGGGAUACUCAAGCUGCCCAAGAAAGAGUGCGCCUAGAUCUCUGUCUUGAAUCACUUUGCUAUCGGAUGCAGACUCUAUCGACGUUCGACAAAACAAAGCGACCCCACCCCGACUUCUGGCACGCUAUGCGGAUGAUUAAUGAAUUGACAAAAAACUGGUACAUUCGCAAAAUCCGACCGGAGCGGCCUAGCCAGACGCCAUCAGGAUCUACGCCCAGCGACUCAGUUGAGCGGAGUAUGAGCGGAAGCUCAUGUCCCAUCACCAGCGCACCAACAACGUGUCCGACACGACACGCGGAAGAUCAGUACAACACGCUAGCAGGCACCAACUAUAUGGAAGACUUCGGCAUAGACAUGAACCAAGUCCCCGUGACCGAGGUUAGCAACGACCCCUUCGCGCUUAUGAGGGGUGCCGACUUCGACAUGAGCCAAUUCUUCGAUAUGGCGGGAGGUAUUUGGGGGGAGGACAGCUACAACAACUAUACUGGCAUGUCUUUUGGAAAUGGAGCACCGUUCUGA